AUGGCCCUUGGUCUGCGAUACAUCGGCGGGCGUCACGCCCUCGCCCUGGCAGCAGCGAUCCCAUGCGCCUUACUCAUAAAACACGGUUGGGAGGUCUACACAAGUAUCAGGGCGGUCGACACGCGACGGAUCGUCUCUAGUAGUGGCCUUUCAGAACACUUCAGACAAUCGCACACUCUCAAGACUCUAGUAAAUCCCAGAGGACAUGUCUCAUCAGCAGACAAGCUGGCUAUGGAUAUGGAGCUGCCUGAGAACGCAAGAGAACUGAGCGACGAGGUGUUAUUGGCGACUUUCGCCCGUGGGUUCUUUGCGGGGAAGGUUUUGGCAAUUGAGAGACGUCUGCUGCAGACGGCACGGCCGUCUUUUGUGUCCUACGCUGGACUCAAUUCGAUUUCAAUGUCAAACCAGAUAUGGAAAUCUCAAGAUUUUUCAUGCGAAAAGCUCCCGCCAGUGCACUCGGUGGUCUUUGGCACGUUCCAACUCGGCUAUAUCAAGCUCAUCGACCCCAAAGAGUCACAAGCGGAGCCGGAAACAGAAAGCAGCGUCGACUUUGUCUUCGGAAAAGAUAACAGCCAAUUUGCAGGCGCUCAUCGGUUUAGCAUUGUCAGGAGGCCCGAAAACCCAGCAAACGUCAGAAUCGUCUAUGAAUCAACAGCUUGCAACCCGACUCGAAAUCAACACCUGUCCGGCCUCCUAUUGCGGUUUCACAGUCUUUACGCAAUGCUGCUAUUCCGUGAGGGCGUGUCAGACAUCUUGCGAAGGCCUGAACUGAGUGCGUAA